UUGCGCUACAAGGUCUUAUCAAGGCUGCCUGAGAGGACGCUCGUCUAGCUGUGCACCGGCGAAACUUACUGGCGUGUGUCCAUCUGACUAGAAACGCAUCAUGUUCAAUCUAAAGAGUACAGGAGGAUUGAAGUUCCUGGUCAACGUGCCGCAUUGGUCAGGAACGACGGUUAGCUGCACGGCAUAGCAUGCUGCAACUGACUUGCUAGCCACGUCGGAGCUUCAGGACGCGGAACUCGAUUGCAUGGUAUUCGCUGCGUUUCAUUUAAGUUGCUAGGAUAGUAUACCCGCAAGACAACCUAUACAAUGCUUACCUCAUUCCGCGCAGGACCCACAUCCGUUCGAGCCUCCAGGUCGACAGCUCGUGUGAGCUCGCGUCCAGGUGCCAUUCGCGUGAAGGCCUUCUUCGGCACGAGCGCGGAAAAUGAGCGUAAGAAGGAGGAGCAGUGGCAAGCGCAACAGGAGCUCCUCGCAGAGCGACGCGCAAAGCGCGAGAGGAUGAUGCAGUCCUUCAACCGAAAGGAAGCCAAGCAGUCGCCAGCCCAAGGCAGCGGCAAGGCGGCAGCUUCCCAGCAGCCCCAGCGGUCUGCGCCGCCGCCUUCCAAGCGCGCCACCGCCCAGGAGGUGGUGGUGGUGGAGGAGGAGGAGCAGCCGGCCAAGGCGGCUGGCGGCGGCAACCCCCUGUCUGGGAUCUUCGGUGGGCUGUUUGGCAAGAAAUGAAGCGAGGGAAGUGCGGGAAGUAAUGGGGGUUUUAUGAGGCGCAUGGGUUGUAUGUAAGCUCCGUAGAGGAUACAGAAGACGUGCUGGAUGGGCGAGGGGUGAGUUUUUUGGCUUGUUCUGUACAGAGUGCACAGUAGGCGUGACGAGCUCAGAAUUGCUUAGUGUUUGUCGGUGUAAAAAUAUUAGGUGAAGAGCGUGGGGUUUGGAAGCAAUACGUCGUGACCUCGUGAGAGAAGGAGGAGAGCUGGUAAGGUAUCCAGAUGACGACAAGUCACUUGCAUGUGAGGGCUUAUUCGUGUUCCCUUUGUCCGUAAGCAUAUCGUACUAUGCGGCGCAAAGUAUGGUCCUGGUAUAAUUAUUGGGAGGGAUUGGUGCAAAGCAUACCGGUAACGGCAGCAUACAUCAUAUUGAGAUGCCAUGGGUGGCCGGUGGCGGAUAACGAUAGGAUACUAGGAUCAAGUGUGGCACUAUCAGUGCCAAAUCAAGUGUGGCUUGAUUGUCACACGGCUCCCUUAAUACAUAGCAGCCCGAUUACAUGGGGGUUUCAACACUGAGGCCAUGCAUGGCUCAUGGCGCACACGCCAUGGUGCAUCGCCCAUACGUUGCGUGUUCCUGCCGUGACUCUGUACCUACAUGUUCAAGGCAUAAAUCACCAGGUUUGGUGCAUGCCUUGAAACCCCUUGUAACACAGACAUAGUACCGUAC